CGACAAACUUGAAUCCACGGCUGUCUAUUUACGACUUUGUGGCAAUAAAAUGGCAUCUCAUUUCAGUGGAGUUUUGCAGUUGACUGACCUGGAUGAUUUUAUAACCCCGUCUCAGGAGUGUGUGAAGCCAAUAAAGGUUGAGAAGAAGUCUGGAAAAUCAGUGGCCAAAAUAAAAAUUGAAGAUGAUGGAAGUUACUUUCAGGUUAACCAGGACGGAGGAUUACAGAAGCUGGAAAAGGCCAAGAUUACCCUGAACGACUGCUUAGCCUGCAGUGGCUGCAUCACCUCUGCAGAAAGUGUGUUAAUUACACAGCAGAGCCACGAGGAACUCUACAGAGUACUGAAUCUCAAUAAGGCUGGCAGUCAACAGAAGGUUGUUGUGGUUUCAGUGUCACCUCAGUCAAGAGCAUCUCUGGCAGCAAGAUUUAACCUGAGCAUCACAGAUACAGCCAGGAGGCUGACAGCUUUCUUCAAAAACCUUGGCGUGCACCAUGUGUUUGACACCACCUUCUCCAGGAACUUCAGCCUCCUCGAGAGCCAGCGAGAGUUUGUGGAGCGCUUUCACAGACAGGCUGAGGACAAGAAAGCACUGCCUUUGUUAGCCUCCUCCUGUCCAGGUUGGAUCUGCUAUGCAGAGAAAACUCAUGGUGAUUUUAUCAUUCCAUACAUCAGCACCACCAAGUCCCCUCAGCAGGUCAUGGGCUCCCUGGUCAAGGACUAUUUUGCAAACCAGCAGGUACUGUAGCUUUCUGCAACCUUCUGGGUGACUAUAUUUUUUGAUCUUCGUAGCUCCGGUCUGAAAUUGGUAGUGUCUCAGUACUUUACCAUCACAGAGUCCCAAACCAGGGAGGUGGACUGCGUCAUCACUUCCGGGGAGGUAUUGAAGAUGUUGGAACAGGAAAGGCUAUCGCUAGCAGAUGUUGAACCUGCACCAUUAGAUAGCCUGUUCAGCAGCGUGUGUGGAGAGGAGAUUCUCGGGCACUCCGGCAGCAGCUCCGGGGGCUAUUUGGAGCAUGUCUUCAUUCACGCAGCAAGGGAGCUGUUCGGAGAAGAGGUGAAGAAAAUUGCAUACAAGACUCUCAAGAAUCGAGAUUUCCAGGAGGUGACUCUGGAGAAGGACGGAGCCGUGGUGCUUCGCUUCGCUGCUGCUUAUGGCUUCAGAAACAUCCAGAACCUGGUGCAAAAACUGAAACGAGGGAAAUCCCAAUACCACUUCGUAGAGGUCAUGGCCUGUCCUUCAGGAUGUCUAAAUGGGGGAGGUCAGCUCCGGCCAAGCGAAAGUGAGUCUAAUAAAGAUCUGCUGCAGCGUGUGGAGGAGCUGUACAGAACGGUGCACACUGAGGUGCCGGAAGAGAACACCGCUAUCUCAAAACUCUACAACACAUGGCUUGAGAGUGUGGGCUCCGAGAGAGCUCGAAAACUGUUGCACACGCAGUACCACGCCGUCGAGAAGAUGAGCAGUGGCCUGACCAUCAAGUGGUGAAGAACAGCAGGAUUUCACUUCGCAGCAUAAACAGUAUAAAGAAGCUGAGAUCAAUAUCUGUCGUCUGUAAAUAAGCUUUUGUGGUUUCACAGUAAGAGCCUGUGAAAAAAGUAUGAUGACAUAUCAGCAGUGCUGAUGUCUAGCUUCCAGUCAACCUUGACUACUUGGUGGACUGAAAUGGUAGACAGUGGUGGAGAAGGGUGUCUGUGUUUAUUUUUUUUUUAUUUUAAAAUGCAGUACAAUAAAAAUUAUAAUUUUAUUUAAA